AUGGUGGUGGUGGUGCUGUUGUUGGUGCUGGACGCAGGCCUGGCUCGUCUCGAGGCCGAUGACAUGGCAAAGAUAGGCGACAAGCAGGACGUCGAGAAGCAGGCUGGCUUCCAGCAAUUGACACUUGAUAAUGACAGACUGCUUCUUGAGUCUCCAGAGCUCCACCCCACAUCGAGGGUUAAGAAUGGCCAGGGAUUCGACGAGGGUUUGCACCCACGGUUCACCGAGACGCAGAAGCAGAUCCCUAGAGCGGAUCUCCGGGGCAUGGAGGUUCUCUACCAGCCUCCGGACUUCGGGGUGGUUCCGAGGUCAGCCCAAGCGCUAGCUGAGUUGUCGCAACGCCAACAUAAUAUGUAA